GCCUUGUCGAAGUCCAAUUGCAAACUUGCAAAAAAAAAAAAACCUCCGGAAGAAACACACACAGUGAUCCGCUUGAGAAAUCUUCAUCGAUCAAUUCCCGCUAGCUAGAUUCAACAUGUUCGGAGAAAGUAUAAUCUCGGAGUCCGACUUUGCUGUUUUAGAGUCGAUAUGGCAAAAUCUUGUCGACAAUGAUAUACAUGAUGAUGAAAGUACUGCUGCGUCAGUUUCUGCAAAAGUUUACGAGAAUAAGGAGGCAUCGUUGUAUUGUAGGAGCUCAAGCUUUAGCAGCAGCAGUAGUCUCUUUCUAAAGGAGAGCUGGGGUGACUUGCCGUUGAAAAUGGAUGGGACGGAAGACAAGAUCGUUUACGGUUCUUUACGCGAUGCAAUCGAUGUUGGCGGUCAUGCUUCGUUGGUGCAGAAUAAUUACGAUAUAAUAAUGGGAACAGAUAUGAUCAGUACUCAUGUAUCCAUCAAUAAUCAAGAGCUUCAGGUUCCGAGGACCCAGAUGCAAUUUAGGGGAGUGAGGAGGAGGCCGUGGGGGACAUAUGCGGCAGAGAUAAGGGAUCCAGCAAAGAAAGGCGCCAGAAUGUGGCUAGGGACAUACGGGAGUGCCAAGGAUGCGGCUUUGGCUUACGAUCGAGCCGCCUUUAAAAUACGCGGCUCAAAAGCAAAGCUCAAUUUUCCUCACCUUAUUGGCUCUCAUGAUUGGAAGCCGAUCAAAGUGACCACCAAACGAAGCUUGCGGAAGCCAUCGACUCUGUCAGAAUCAUGCGAUGGCUCUCAGGAGCCUAAGCUGAAAAGGAACAAAUUUAUUGGCACUCCAUUUUAGAUAUUUUUGGUUGGUAUGACUGUUUCUCAUUCUUUGUUAGUCGAGACAUACAUUUAAGAGCCCAUCAUCCUUGCUAGUUAGGCAUGCGCGCAAGACAUCUGAACGGAUGGGUGGAGAUUUAAAUUAAUCAUUGUUACUUCUUUUUGUAUAUGUUUUUUACUUUAAUAAAACCUCUUUAGAACUCGCAAAUAGAAUUUUGAGUAGCAACCUCGUUACUGUUAUUUGAUUGAUCGAUCAAUAAACUUUUCUUUUUUAAUUUUUUGUUUUUUUUUUAUGACAGAAAACCACCCUACAACAGAACCCUUGAGACUCUUAUCCAUAGAACUUAACCUUUCGGAAAGACUAACACAGCAACCUAUCAUCAUGAUCUCCCACUUAAAUCUCUAUUUGAUCCCAAGAAGAAUCAAAAACCAUAACAUGAAACUUAUGCCUUACCACUUGGGCUGCCCACGGGUGGAUUUGAUCAAUAAAACUACAGCACAUUUAUGGUUUUGGUUGGUCAAAGUAUAUUUAGUCAGAGAUGUUGAUGAAAUACGGUCGACACACGUUGGCGCCACUUGUCGAAGAUUUUUUUUGGGGGGGGGGGGGGGACAUAUCGUCAACUAGCCAACGUGGGAAUCGUAUUCUUUUCCCUUUAUAUCCAUAAAAGAAAGCGAUGAAAACUUCAAACGCACGGACGGUACGUUGUCACACACAAUGAUGAAGGAAAAUGAUAGUUUGCACGACAACCCUUCUUGACCGUCGUUAAAUUUUAUAUCUAUUUUUUUUGUCAAACUUUUGCAUUUUUUUUAAAAUAAAGUAUUGACUUCUCUAACUGAUUUUUCCUCUAAAGAAAAUUCAAUAAUUAAAAUAAUAAUAAUAAUAAUAAUAAUAUUUAGGUUCGAAAAAUAGCAAUUUAGAUCCAGCAAGUUAGAUGGACAGCAACCAUAAAACUAUGAAGCCAGAUAAAUCUGAAUAUAGUAGUAGUAUAGGCAGCUAUUUCAUCACAAGACAGAUUUAAUAACAAGAUCAACAAGUACAAAUGAUCAAAUUACAAAAAAAAAAAAAAAAAGAUGAACCGCACCACCACGUACAAGCUCUCUUUCUUUUCCAACUCAGGAAUACGAGCUAAUUAAUUUCAAAAUAUGAG